UGACGGCCUGGCUGGUCGUUGCAUUUUGCGAGCCACGCCGCAUUUUCUCCGCAGACAUCUCAACUCGCAACGGCGGCAGCAAUGGACUCUGACGGCUCUGAAUAUGAAUAUGGAAGCGACUACGGCGGGUCCCAAGAUGAAGAGAACGAAGACGAGAUGGUGGACGAAACGGCCAUCAAAAUAGCGAACACGUUUUACGAAGCCGAUGAUUGCAAAACGUCCGACCCGGCGCGCGCGCUGGAGCUGUACCUGCAGGUUUUGUCCCUCCAGCAAAGCGGCGCCGACAGCGAUGCAAAGGACCCGGAGAACUUUCACUUUAAGUCGCUUGAGAACGUUGUCAAGUUGUGUGCAACGUUGAACAAACCAGACGCGAUGCUCGAGCACUACCGCCAAGUGCUCACUCUGUUGCCUCAAGUGACGCGGAAUGAAUUCACGGACACAGUGAACAGCAUUCUGGACUUGGUCUCGACGCUACCUGGAGCUCGAAGCAUUAUCUCGAAGACGUACGAGAUCACGCUGGAAGCGCUCAAGACUGCACACAACGAACGGCUGUGGUUCCAAACAAACGUUAAGCUUGGUCGGUUGUACUUGGAGAUGGGGGAGGUCGCCUCGCUGAAGCGCGUGCUCAAGGAGCUGCAUCAGUCGUGCAAAACGCCAGACGGUCACGAUGACUUGUCCAAGGCAACAUCGCUUCUCGACGUGUACUGCCUCGAGGUCCAGCUCUGCACCACGACCCACGACACAGCCAAGCUCAAGUCAAUUUACCCAAAGACAUUGGAUCUAGACGCCGCGAUCUCCGACCCUCGGACCAUGGGGCUCAUUCGGGAAGAGGGUGGAAAAAUGUACUUGGCGGAAGGACUGUGGCUCCUUGCGUACAACGAAUUCUUCGAGUCGUUUCGAAAUUACCAGGAAGCCGGUAAUUCCCGCGCCAAGCAAUGCCUCAAAUAUGUUGUGCUGGCCAACAUGCUGGCGAGCUCCGACAUCAACCCGUUCGACUCGCGAGAAGCCAAAGUGUUCAAGGACGUCGAUGAGAUCAGCGCGAUGUUGCAGCUGCGCGACGCAUACGGCAACAACGACAUCACAACCUUUGAGAAGAUUCUCAACCACCCUAAGCAUCACAUCAUCACGGACCCGCUCAUCAAACGCUACUUGGACCCUCUCGUCCGCAAUAUUCGGAGCCACGUGCUCGUCAAGGUCGUGGCGCCGUACAAAACGAUCAAGCUGGCCAGUAUUGCCAAGGAGAUGAACAUCGCCGAGGCCGAAGUCGAAGGUCUCGCCGUGACGCUCAUUCACGACAACAUCCUGGCAUCGCGCAAAAUCGAUCAGUGCCAGCGCGUGCUCGUCGACAUCUCGUCGUACGUGCAACAGAAUCGAUGGAACAACGUCAACAUGAAUGCGGGGCGUGUUAGAACAACGCGGGAAGUGGCGGCGUCCAAGACCGUCGAUGCGCUGGCCAAGUGGACGAGUGCAUUGGUCAAGGCCAACCAAGUGACCAGCGAGCGCAACCUGCUAUCAUUUUAAACAGAAUUCCAAGCGAUAACAAUCCAAAUGCAACGACGCGCCAGGUUAGCAUGUCGGUCGAGACUGGCAUGGCGACGUCGGGCGAACAUGCUGGGAUAUGGAGACCGGCGCUGCGCUCAAGAUGUUAACAUGGCUGGUGCUUAUUUGAAA